AUGGCACCAUUUACUUUCACAUUAUUCGCGCCGUAUAAUAAACAAGCAGCAUUACGGUUGAAAAAUGCCAAUGUUCGAAUGUUUGGUGUCGAUAUAUUGAUGGAAAAAGACGAAUCUGACGGCUAUUUUCGAGCAACUCUUGAUCUCGCCGAUGGUAUUUUCCAUUAUCAAUUCAAAAUCCAAACGAAAUCUUGGUUUGAGAAAGAACCAGAGCCUGCACUACCAAACUAUGACGAUGAUGAAUACAAAGAAAUGACACAAGAAGAAAAACAGGAAAAAACUGAAGCACAUGCCCGACUUAUUGAUGAGAUUCGAGAACGAAAUCGUCAACGUGAGCACGAAGCUACUUUUACGGAAAUUUGGUAUACAUUCGUUGAUCCCUAUGCAACUGAUGUCGAUGAACGUGGAACGGAUGACGCGCACAAAGCCGUUGGUAUACUGACGAUCAAGAAUGGCAAACGUAUCAUUGAUGAAUAUGAAUGGAAAUAUGAUCAUUGUCCAUUGCCACCAGAUGAAGAACUUGUUAUUUAUGAACUUCAUGUCGGUGAUUUUGCUUCUGGAGACGAUGAUCCACUAUGUCGUGGACAGUUCAAACAUGUUACACAGAAAAUCGAUUAUUUGAAAGCACUUGGCGUCAAUGCAAUUGAACUCAUGCCAAUCAAAGAAUAUCCUGGAAAUCAUUCUUGGUAUAAUCCAAGAUAUUACUUUGCAAUUGAAACAAGCUAUGGUACAACAGCAGAUUUGAAAGAAAUGAUCGAUGAAAUGCAUAAGAAUGGCAUUCGAGUUCUCCUAGAUGGUGUAUACAAUCAUUCGGAUUGUUCUUCGCCGUUAACUCAAAUCGAUCACGAUUACUGGUAUCAUCAUAAUCCAAAAGACGUAACAAUGUCAUGGGGACCUGAGUGGAACUAUAGUUUCUAUGAUCCAAAGUAUAAUAUCUGGCCGGCACGUAAAUUUGUUGGUGAUUCUAUUCGUUAUAUGGUUGAAGAAUUCCAUAUCGAUGGUAUCCGAUUUGAUGCUGCACGUCAAAUUCAAAAUUUUGAUUUUCUUCACUGGGUUGUACGAGAAUCGAAGAAAGCAGCUGGACCAAAGCCAUUCUAUUGUGUCGCUGAAUUCCUACCAGACGAACCUUGCAUCACCAACAUUGAUGGACCCAUGGAUGGAUGUUGGCAUGAUAGUUUCUAUUGGGCAUUACGUGAUGUCUUGCUUCAUGAUAAUACAGACAUUGGCCGAUUGAAAUCCGUUAUCGAUUGUCGACAACAGGGAUUUUUGGGUGUGACAAAUGUUGUUAAUUACAUUGGAAAUCAUGAUCAUGACCGCAUGCUCGUCGAAUUAGGUAAAGAACGAAGUAUUUUUGGUGCAGAAGCGUUCAAACGCAUUCGUCUUGGUGUUGUUAUUCAAAUGACAAGCAUCGGCAUUCCGAUGAUUUGGAUGGGCGAAGAAAUUGGAGAAUACAAAGAGAAGACACCGGAUACGGCGAAAGUCGACUGGUCAUUGAUUGCAGAUCGCGAAGAUAAUGCCAAUGAAUUGAAUAAAAAUCUUUUGGCAUUCUACCAUGGUUUAGUACUUCUACGAAAAGAAAAUAAAGCAUUUUUUCAAACCAAUCUUAAUUUCAUUCAUGAAGAUCACAAUGCCAAAGUCUUAGCCUACCAAAGAUGGUCUGAAUCAGGCGAACGUGUAGUUGUUGUUGUGAAUUUAUCUGGACAUUAUCUUGCGCAUUAUCGCGUGCCGAAUAUGCCUACCAAUGGUUGGUGGCAUGAAUGGACAUUUAAUUAUGAUGUCAAAGUUGAACAUAAUGAAGUUUUUCUUGAUUUAGCUGAACGUGAAGCUAAAAUUCUUGUUUGGCUUGGUGACCAUUGGCAACCACCAGCACCUAAACCUCAAUCGGAUUCAACUUCAACAGAACAAAACGAAUGA